GCGGCUGCCCCAGAUAUGUCGGCUCCGGCCGGGCCGCGGGGCCGCCCCGCUCCCGCCGCGCCGCCGCCGCCGCCCGCGAUGCCGGACCUCAGCCACCUCACGGAGGAGGAGCGCAAGAUCAUCCUGGCCGUCAUGGACCGGCAGCGGAAGGAGGAGGAGAAGGAGCAGUCGGUGCUCAAGGUCAAAGAAGAACCCAAACCACAACUGACACAGUGGUUUCCCUUUAGUGGGAUCACUGAACUGGUAAAUAACGUUCUUCAACCCCAGCAAAAACAACAAAAUGAAAAGGAGCCCCAGACACAGUGUAAGUGUCUGGAAAGCAGCAUUAAAAUUAAGAAGCCGAACACAGCAGGCCUUACAGUCUUCUCAUGCAGAUUUCCUGGAAGGCCUGCCUCCUACCUGCAAAGAAAACUGCACCAGCAGUUUGAAAUGUACAAAGAGCAGGUGAAGAAGAUGGGAGAAGAAUCACAGCAACAGCAGGAACAGAAGGGCGACGCCCCGACCUGCGGGAUCUGCCACAAAACCAAGUUUGCUGAUGGCUGUGGCCACGACUGUUCCUAUUGCCAAACCAAGUUCUGCGCUCGCUGUGGAGGCCGGGUGUCCUUACGCUCAAACAAGGUUAUGUGGGUCUGUAAUUUGUGCCGAAAACAACAAGAAAUCCUCACUAAAUCUGGAGCGUGGUUCUAUAAUAGUGGAUCUAAUAUGCCGCAGCAACCUGAUCAGAAGGUUCCCAGAGGAGUAAGAAAUGAGGAAGCGCCUCAGGAGAAGAAAGCAAAACUCCAGGAGCAGGCCCAGUUCCCAGGACCCCCGGGCGACUUGUCUGCACCCAUAGUGGAGAAGAGUCGCCCUCACGGGCUCACAAGACAGGAGUCUAUUAAAAACGGGUCAGGGGCAAGGCACCAAGCUGCCAGUGACACCGCUUCAGACAGGAAAAGAAGUCCAUCAGUGUCCAGAGAUCAGGACAGAAGAUACGACCAAAGGGAAGAAAGCGAGGAAUAUUCACAGUAUGCUCCUUCUGAUAGCGCAAUGCCUAGAUCUCCAUCAGAUUAUGCUGAUAGACGAUCUCAACGUGAACCUCCAUUUUAUGAAGAAUCUGAUCAUUUAAAUUACAGGGACUCCAACAGGAGAAGUCACAGGCAUUCCAAAGAAUACAUUGUAGAUGAUGAGGAUGUGGAGAGCAGAGAUGAAUAUGACAGACAGAGGAGAGAAGAGGAGUACCAGGCCCGCUACCGAAGCGAUCCAAAUUUGGCUCGUUACCCAGUCAAGCCUCAGCCGUAUGAAGAACAAAUGCGUAUCCAUGCCGAGGUGUCCCGUGCGAGGCAUGAGAGAAGGCACAGUGAUGUGUCCUUGGCAAAUGCGGAGCUGGAGGAUUCCAGGGUUUCUCUGUUAAGGAUGGAUCGGCCAACAAGGCAAAGAUCUACAUCCGAACGCAGAGCUGCCAUGGAAAAUCAGAGAUCAUAUUCAAUGGAAAGAACUCGAGAGGCUCAGGGACAAAGUUCUUACCCACAAAGGACCACAAACCAUAGUCCUCCUACCCCUCGGAGGAGCCCGAUACCCCUCGAUAGACCAGACUUGAGACGCACUGACUCACUAAGGAAACAGCACCACUUAGACCCCAGCUCUGCCGUACGGAAAACGAAAAGGGAAAAGAUGGAAACGAUGCUGAGGAAUGAUUCCCUCAGUUCAGACCAGUCGGAGUCAGUGAGACCACCGCCACCAAAGCCUCAUAAAUCAAAGAAAGGAGGUAAAAUGCGGCAGGUUUCACUGAGCAGUUCAGAGGAGGAGAUGGCGUCCACGCCGGAGUAUACCAGUUGCGAUGAUGUUGAGAUUGAAAGUGAGAGUGUAAGUGAGAAAGGGGACAGUCAAAAGGGAAAAAGAAAAACUAGUGAGCAGGCAGUUUUGUCGGACUCUAACACCAGGUCUGAGAGACAAAAGAAAAUGCUGUACUUUGGUGGCCACUCUUUGGAAGAGGAUUUGGAAUGGUCUGAGCCUCAGAUUAAGGAUUCUGGGGUAGAUACCUGUAGUAGCACAACCCUUAACGAGGAGCAUAGCCAUAGCGAUAAGCACCCUGUGACCUGGCAGCCAUCCAAAGAUGGAGAUCGCUUAAUUGGUCGUAUUUUAUUAAAUAAGCGUCUGAAAGACGGAAGUGUACCUCGAGAUUCAGGAGCAAUGCUUGGCUUAAAGGUUGUAGGAGGUAAGAUGACUGAAUCAGGUCGACUCUGUGCAUUUAUUACCAAAGUAAAAAAAGGAAGUUUAGCUGAUACCGUAGGACAUCUUAGACCAGGUGAUGAAGUGCUAGAAUGGAAUGGAAGGCUACUGCAGGGAGCCACCUUUGAGGAAGUGUACAACAUCAUUCUUGAAUCCAAACCUGAGCCACAAGUGGAGCUUGUUGUUUCAAGACCCAUUGGAGAUAUACCUAGAAUACCUGAUAGCACACAUGCACAACUGGAGUCCAGCUCUAGCUCUUUUGAAUCUCAGAAAAUGGAUCGUCCUUCUAUUUCCGUUACCUCUCCCAUGAGUCCCGGCAUGCUGAGAGAUGUUCCACAGUUCUUAUCUGGACAACUUUCAAGCCAAAGCCUUAGUAGAAGAACACCGCCUUUUGUUCCUAGGGUGCAGAUAAAACUAUGGUUUGACAAGGUUGGUCACCAAUUAAUAGUUACAAUUCUGGGAGCAAAGGACCUUCCUUCCAGAGAAGAUGGGAGGCCAAGGAAUCCUUACGUUAAAAUUUACUUUCUUCCCGAUAGAAGUGAUAAAAACAAGAGGAGAACAAAAACAGUAAAGAAAACAUUGGAACCUAAGUGGAACCAAACAUUCAUUUACUCUCCGGUCCACCGAAGAGAAUUUCGGGAACGAAUGCUGGAGAUUACUCUUUGGGAUCAAGCUAGGGUUCGAGAGGAAGAAAGUGAAUUUUUAGGAGAGAUUUUAAUUGAACUAGAAACAGCAUUAUUAGAUGAUGAGCCACACUGGUACAAACUCCAGACCCAUGACGUCUCUUCGUUGCCACUUCCCCACCCAUCUCCAUAUAUGCCACGAAGACAGCUCCAUGGAGAGAGCCCGACACGGAGACUGCAAAGUAAAUCCUUAUGUUCGUAUAAUUCAGGGUCAAAAAGAAUAAGUGAUAGUGAAAUCUCCGACUAUGACUGUGAUGAUGGAAUUGGUGUAGUAUCAGAUUAUCGACACAAUGGUCGAGAUCUACAGAGUUCAACGUUAUCAGUGCCGGAACAAGUAAUGUCGUCCAAUCAUUGUUCACCAUCAGGGUCUCCUCAUCGAGUGGAUGCUAUAGGCAGGACGAGAUCGUGGUCACCCAGUGUGCCCCCUCCGCAGAGUCGGAACGUAGAGCAAGGACUUCGAGGGACACGCACCACUGCUGGACAUUAUAAUACGGUUGGCCGAAUGGAGAGACAUCGUGUCAUGGACGAUCAUUAUUCUCCCGAGAGAGACAGUCAUUUUCUUACUCUACCUCGCUCCAGAUACAGUCGGAGCAAUGGGCACCGCCACAGGGAUUGUGAAGCAGCAGAUAGACAGCCAUAUCACAGAUCCAGAUCAACAGAACAGCGGCCUCUCCUUGAGCGGACCACCACCCGCUCCAGAUCCACUGAGCGUCCCGACUCAAACCUCAUGAGGUCGAUGCCUUCAUUAAUGACGGGAAGAUCUGCCCCUCCCUCACCUGCCUUACCGAGAUCUCACCCUCGCACUGGGUCUGUGCAGACAAGCCCAUCAAGCACUCCCGCGGCAGGACGAAGAGGCCGGCAGCUUCCGCAGCUUCCGUCCAAAGGAACAUUGGAGAGAAAAAAUGGAGUCAAGGAGAUAGAACCUUACGAAGAAGUUUAUGAAGAAACCGUGCAUGUGGAAGAGGAGGGGGUGGAUAAGCAGAGAGAGGAAGUCAAAACAGGUGCUAUGGAUAUAGAGGAGAGAAACCGCCAAAUGAAAAUUAACAAAUACAAACAGGUAGCCGGAUCAGAUCCCAGACUGGAACAAGAUUACCAUUCGAAGUAUCGAUCAGGAUGGGAUCCUCAUAAAGGGGCAGAUAAUGUGUCCACUAAAUCCUCGGACAGUGAUGUAAGUGAUAUAUCUGCGGUUUCCAGGACUAGUAGUGCUUCUCGUUUCAGCAGCACAAGCUACAUGUCGGUCCAAUCAGAAAGGCCAAGAGGAAACAAGAAAAUCAGGCCAAAGGGAAUAGAAGAGGGAGGGCAAGAAGGGAAUAAGAAUGAAGAGAUAGUUCAUGAGGAGCAGGAGGGAAAGGAAGAAGGAACUGAUGGACAUGGGAAAGGGCACGAGGUGGCAGAAACACGUAAUAAGGAGGAAAACAGAGAAUCAGGAGACGAGGAAAAAUCACGAGAUGCACCUGAGCAAGGGAAAGAGAAAGAACAGUGGAAUAAAGAGGAUUUGCAAAGGCGAUUUUCACAAGGUGACGACAGUGUCUUUACGUCCAAAAUGCAAAGCAGACAAACGGGCGAGCCCGGGAGGAGCGGUGCCAGGAGCUCCAGCGUCAGCGGCGACCUGUGCGCGCUGGACAGGAACGACGGCAGCCAGUCGGACACGGCGGCGGGCGCCCCGGGCGCGGGCGGCAGGAAGCGGCGCUCCAGCCUCGGCGCCAAGGUGGUGGCGAUCGUGGGCCUGUCCCGGAGGAGUCGCAGCGCCUCGCAGCUCGGCCGGACGGAAGGAGGAGGCAAAAAGCUGCGGAGCACCGUCCAGAGGAGCACGGAGACGGGGCUGGCAGUGGAGAUGAGGAACUGGAUGACCCGGCAGGCCAGCCGCGAGUCCACCGACGGCAGCAUGAACAGCUACAGCUCCGAGGGAAAUCUGAUUUUCCCUGGCGUCCGCCUGGCCUCUGACAGCCAAUUCAGCGACUUCCUGGACGGCCUGGGCCCCGCGCAGCUGGUGGGACGCCAGACGCUGGCUACUCCUGCCAUGGGUGACAUCCAGGUAGGAAUGAUGGACAAGAAGGGGCAGCUGGAGGUGGAGAUCAUCCGGGCCCGAGGCCUUGUUGUGAAACCAGGUUCCAAGACACUGCCAGCACCCUAUGUGAAGGUGUACCUGUUAGAUAACGGAGUCUGCAUAGCCAAAAAGAAAACCAAAGUGGCCAGGAAAACGCUGGAGCCCCUGUACCAGCAGCUGUUGUCCUUCGAAGAGAGCCCGCAGGGGAAGGUGUUACAGAUCAUUGUCUGGGGCGAUUACGGCCGCAUGGAUCACAAGUCCUUCAUGGGAGUGGCCCAGAUCCUUCUGGACGAACUGGAACUGUCCAACAUGGUGAUCGGGUGGUUCAAACUGUUCCCCCCUUCCUCCCUGGUAGACCCGACCCUGGCACCUCUGACAAGGAGGGCCUCGCAGUCCUCGCUGGAGAGUUCAACAGGACCUUCUUACUCUCGUUCAUAGCAGCUGUAAAACUGUUGUCACAGCAACCAGCGAUACAAAAAAACGUCCAUAGGUCGCAAGCCCUGGUGACACUGCAUGCCUCACGUCUUCUGAGCCCGUGUCUGGGUGCGGAGCGGUCCUGCGUUCUCAGUGGAAGGCGUACACAUUGUGCGCUAGCCGAGGUCCCAGGUGGUGAGUGGCGUGGUAAGAACUCCCAGGUCCAAGCCGAAGCCCUGGGUUCAUCUCAGAGAGUCGGUCUGUCUCGCGCAACAGAAGCCCUUUUCAAUGGCACUUUCUAUUUUUAUGGUUCCUUUUUCUUCGUUUAUCUGACCCAAAGCCUGGUAUGCCACAGUGGUGGAGCUCUCCGGCCUAAAGCCAUGUCACAGGUCCAGGCCGGGUCCUCAGGAGCACUGGUGAAAACAGAAGACCAAAGAAGUGGCUGGAGCAGGCGCCGCUGUCCAGCUGGCUGGGGCCCAGUGGGCAGCGCGGCAGGCGGGCAGCUUAGCAGGACGUCGUGCUCCAAUGCCAAGAUGUGUCGGACUCUGAAAACCAAAUUCUGUGGCUACACUGUAUGGAUGAUAUUAAAGACACUUUUUUUGCAUGGACACAGAUUAGCUGAAUACUUAUUUUCUUGGGGCUGCAACUUGCAAAAAAAAAAAGAAUAAAAAUCAGCCAUUUUCAACAAUUUAUAUUAUUUUUAAAAGUAAAUUUGACUAGUGCAUGGUUUUAAAACUGGGAGAGAAUGCAGGGUGACACAGCCACACCGUGUUUAUUCUUUAUCGACGUAGUCUGUAUUUUGGCAGACACCACAGGUGAAAAUACUUUCUAAAAGAUACUUAAAAUUCUCUUUAUGUGACAAAUAGAUACAAUAUAUUCCAUUUAUUUCCAUGCUAAAUAUACAAAUCCUGUGAAGUUCAAUGUGUGCAAAUUUUUCACAUCUCCCUUCUUUUCCUGUCCACUUUUCUUCUUCUUCUAGUCUUUUAUUUUCCUUUUCCCUCCCAGAGUGAACCUUACACUAAAAAAUGACAAAGUUUUUGAUCUGACUCUCUUAUACCCGGGUGUAAUUCAGAGCUGCAGCUGCUUCCGGAUGUAUGAGUUUCUGACGGGAGAAAGGUCCUGUAAGGGCUCUUCUUCCUGCAAGCGUGCUGGAAAGGGUUUUGCAGCGCAGCUCCGGAGUACGGCAAAGUCGGUCAGCAUGGAUUUAGCCACGCAGACAUUUAAACUUUUGCAGUUCAUUGUACAAUGCAUGGUCUGUUUUUCAUCUUCAAAAUUCUGUUUACAAGACACCCUGCAGCCAUGUGGCCACCAUAAUUUCUAACAGAGUUGCUUUAGCACUUGCUGUGUUCACAUAGGGGUUAAACUAUUGCUAAAGCCUUACGUUUUGUUUUAAUUUGUUAGGGCAGUUUCUUCAGCCAGUUCCCAUGUACUGUGUGGCUAGAUACACUGCAGAAACUGGGAGCCCUGAGACAAAGGGCAGUUUAUUAAUUCACUUCUCUGUAGUAGAAUUCAAUUUUUCACAAAUUAUAUUUCCAAGGUAACAUAAUAGACAUAAAUUUGCAGCAAUUUUAAAACUCCAAUUUCUAGGUGACUAGGAGAAAGUCACUGUCUGUGAACAGUCCUGUGACACCAUCACCGCAAGUCUCCAUGCAGAUCCCGAAGUGAAACCCGGCCUCCGGUCUCGCAGUCAGUGCUGCCGUUGGGGCCGCGGCUCGGUCUCGGGAACCGGGCUCCGCCUCAGCACCGCUGUCCAUCGCCUGUGCUUCCUAGUUCUAUAGGCGCUUUGACAACACAUUCUCAUGGACUGGGUUUAUUUUGUUGCAGUCAUUUUUGAAAUCCACAUGUCUCCUGUUUGUUUAAGUGAAAGCCAUGCACAAAAAUUACUCUGUUUUUCUAAAUUCAGUGCUGACCGUUCAAAACCUCCGUGCUUGAUAUGGUGCAGAAGAUGAGGUGAGUCUCACUAAAACGCCUCCCCUUCGGUGCGAUGGGGCCACCGGGUGCGAUGGUCCAGCGGGGAUGGCGGAAGAGCGGAGAGCGUGUACCGAGGGCCUGGCCUCCUGGGCACCAGCCGCAGCUGAUUGCGUGGGCCUGCGGUGUCUGCGCCGCCCCUUAGACUAAGCGUUCAUGGUGUCCUCACCCUGAGAGGCAGUCCCCAGAUCUCCCGUGUGUGUUCCUGCACAAAUUACUUCUGAUUUUAAUAAGAAGGACAUGGCCGUAUGGGAUGUUUGUACAUACUUGUCAUUCCGCAGUAUUUAUUUAAAAAUCAGUGUGGUUUUUUUUUAAUUUUCACAUGUCUGCACCUCGACUUGUGGUUCAGUUGUGUAAAUAGCACUAAGCUGGUGACCACUGCUGCCCUGUACAUAGUAGAUUUUAACAUAAAGGGAAUUCCAGCCGGAAACGAAAGGGCAGAUGAGUCCUGUAACAAACACCCACGACUGUAAAUCGAGUUCAUUCUGGUGAUGGUAUUUACCACUUUCAAUAAAUCAUUUUCUUUACAAA